CUCCUGCAGCCAGGAUGAGGGGUUAUAGCACCAGACUGUCAGGAUAAACUAGUCUUUAACCAUAUUUAAAGAAACAUCUGCCUUAAGUAAGCCUUAUUUUUUAAAUACGUUUUUACCGCUCGGGGAUUCAGAUAUUGUUUGAAUGGGAAUGUCGUCCCGAUGAUUUCUCACUUAUGAGCGGCUUUCACAGUAUAACCAGAUAGCCUGUAGAUAGACCAAUUUUUUUCAAACUGUUUUUUUUUUUUUGCUGCUUUCUUUUUGUUGCUGUGUGUAUUCUACACCCAACACGCAUGGUGCUGUGAUAUAUCCUGUGUGACUAACACUGCAGCGCUGGUGGACAGACGACCUCUCCGGGCAGCAACCUGUUCAUCUCCGAAGGAUUAACGUGAUGGAUAAUGCUCAUACUAAGACGGUGGAGGAGGUUCUGGGCUUCUUCAGUGUGAAUGAGUCUACAGGUCUGAGCUGUGAGCAGCUGAAGAAGAACAGGGAGAGAUGGGGACCCAAUGAAUUGCCAGCUGAAGAAGGGAAGUCACUUUGGGAGCUGGUCUUGGAGCAGUUUGAGGAUCUGUUGGUUCGAAUCUUGCUGCUGGCUGCGUGCAUCUCCUUUACGCUGGCUUGGUUCGAAGAAGGGGAGGGGACGAUUACAGCCUUUGUUGAACCCUUCGUCAUCCUCCUCAUUCUCAUCGCCAAUGCUAUUGUAGGAGUAUGGCAGGAGCGUAAUGCAGAGAAUGCCAUCGAGGCUCUGAAGGAAUACGAGCCAGAGAUGGGUAAGGUCUACCGACAGGACAAGAAGAGUGUCCAGAGAGUCAGAGCCAGAGACAUCGUUCCUGGAGACAUUGUGGAAGUGGCAGUUGGCGAUAAGGUUCCAGCUGACAUCAGGCUGACUUCUAUCCGUUCCACCACUCUGAGAGUGGACCAGUCCAUUCUGACGGGGGAGUCCGUCUCUGUGCUCAAACACACAGACCCUGUACCAGAUCCCCGAGCCGUCAACCAGGACAAGAAGAACAUGCUCUUCUCUGGUACCAACAUUGCGGCAGGGAGAGCCAUCGGGGUCGUUGUGGCGACAGGGGUGCAGACAGAGAUUGGAAAGAUACGAGAUGAGAUGGCCUCUACUGACCCUGAACGCACCCCUCUACAACAGAAACUAGACCAGUUUGGAGAGCAGCUGUCUAAGGUGAUCAGUGUGAUCUGCGUGGCGGUGUGGGCCAUCAAUGUGGGUCAUUUUAAUGACCCUGUGCAUGGAGGCAGCUGGCUGAGAGGAGCUGUUUACUAUUUCAAGAUCGCUGUGGCACUGGCUGUAGCUGCCAUACCAGAAGGCCUCCCAGCAGUCAUCACUACCUGCCUGGCGCUGGGUACCAGGAGGAUGGCCAGGAAGAACGCCAUCGUCCGCAGCCUGCCGUCAGUGGAGACGCUGGGCUGCACCUCUGUCAUCUGCUCCGACAAGACGGGGACACUGACCACCAACCAGAUGUCAGUUUGCAGGCUGUUUGUUGUAGACAGUGUGUCAGGAGAGUGUUGCAGCCUGAGCGAGUUCACAGUGACUGGAUCUACUUACGCCCCUGAAGGGGAAGUCUACAAGGACGGCUCAGUGGUGCAGUGCAGUCAGUAUGAAGGCUUGGUGGAGAUGGCCUCCAUCUGUGCACUGUGCAAUGACUCAUCACUGGACUACAACGAGGCAAAGGGUGUGUUUGAGAAGGUCGGGGAAGCAACAGAGACCGCCCUCUGCUGCCUGGUGGAGAAAAUGAACGUGUUUGAUACUGACCUGAGAGGACUCUGCUCAUCUGAGAGAGCUACAGCAUGCUGCUCUGUCAUUAAGCAGUUGAUGAGGAAGGAGCUGACGCUGGAGUUCUCCAGAGACAGGAAGUCCAUGUCUGUCUUCUGUUCAUCCAAUAAACUCACCAGAUCUGCAUCUGGAGCCAAGAUGUUUGUCAAGGGAGCUCCAGAGAGCGUGCUGGAGCGCUGUAAUUACAUCCGGGUCAGCGGUUCUGCCCGUGUGCCUUUGAGCUCGGCAGCUAGAGAGCAGCUCCUGUCCACAGUGCGGGAGUGGGGCUCGGGCCGAGACACGCUGCGAUGCCUCGCCAUGGCGACCAGGGACACACCACCUGACAUCCACUCUCUCAACCUGGAGGACUCAGCUGCGUUCGCUGAUUAUGAGUCCGAUCUGACCUUUGUGGGCUGUGUGGGCAUGUUGGACCCCCCCAGGAAAGAGGUGCUUAGUGCGGUCCGAAUGUGUCGGCAGGCUGGAAUACGAGUCAUCAUGAUCACAGGUGAUAACAAGGGUACAGCUCUGUCCAUCUGCCGGCGAGUGGGUAUCAUCACAGAGCAGGAAGAGGAGCAGGAGGAGUCAGGGGUAAACGGGGGCCUGACGGGGCGGGAGUUUGACGAGUUGCCCCCUCACCUGCAACGCCAGGCCUGCCGAACGGUGCGCUGCUUCGCCCGAGUAGAACCGGCACACAAGAGCCGCAUAGUGGAGUACCUGCAGAGCCUGAGUGACAUCACAGCCAUGACAGGUGACGGGGUGAAUGACGCUCCAGCAUUGAAGAAAGCAGAGAUCGGCAUCGCUAUGGGCAGCGGCACAGCGGUGGCCAAGUCAGCCUCUGAGAUGAUCCUCGCUGAUGACAACUUCUCCACCAUUGUGGCCGCUGUGGAGGAGGGCAGAGCCAUUUACAACAACAUGAAACAGUUCAUCAGAUACCUGAUAUCAUCCAACAUAGGAGAGGUGGUCUGUAUUUUUCUGACAGCUGCCCUGGGAAUGCCAGAAGCGCUGAUCCCAGUUCAACUGCUCUGGGUCAACCUGGUCACUGAUGGUUUCCCAGCAACUGCGCUGGGCUUCAACCCUCCUGACCUGGACAUCAUGUCCCGCCCUCCCCGCUCCGCAAAAGAGCCUCUGAUCUCCAGCUGGUUGUUCUGUCGCUACCUUAUCGUGGGAUGUUAUGUGGGAGCAGCCACUGUUGGAGCGGCUGCCUGGUGGUUCAUGGCAGCUCACGAUGGACCAAAACUCUCCUUCUAUCAACUGUCUCACUACCUGCAGUGCAGUGAAGGCCACGUGGAGUUUGCUGGAGUGCAGUGUUCAGUCUUUGAGUCUCCUUAUCCCAUGACCAUGGCCCUGUCUGUCCUGGUUACCAUAGAGAUGUGCAACGCCUUGAACAGUCUGUCAGAGAACCAGUCCCUGGCGAAGAUGCCUCCCUGGUCCAACCCCUGGCUGGUGGGAGCCAUCUGUCUCUCCAUGGCUCUACACUUCCUCAUUCUAUAUGUAGACCCGCUGCCAAUGAUAUUCCAGAUACGCCCUCUGUCGUGGCCUCAGUGGGUGGUGGUGUUGAAGAUGUCACUUCCUGUCAUACUGAUGGAUGAGGCCCUCAAGUUCCUGGCACGAAACUACAUUGAGCCAGGAAGCCAGAUGCAGACAUUGGAAGAGGAAGAGGAGCUGCAGAGGACGAGCGGCGCCUUGACGACAAGGCUCUGUCAGUCAUUGAGGGGCGUGUCCUGGUCGUUUGUUCUGAUCUCUGCACCGCUAGUGAUCUGGAUCUUCAGUCUGGAUUCUGACAUCACCAACAUCUUCUGGUAGUGACGGGAGGAAGAGAGGAUGGGUGGACUGUGGGGGGAGACAGUGAAAGACGGGAGACUGAAAGAAGGAAGUUGGAGAGAAAGGAUGAGUAGUGGGAAUAAAAAUGCAGAAGAGCGGGGAUGGAAUGUGUUAGGGUGAGCGGAGGUAAAGAAACAAGCAAAGUGAGGAAAGCAAAACUUUGCUGAGAUAUGAAAAUGUAAAGGAUAAAGAGGAAAAUAUUUAGCCUAUAGACAAUCAGAGAAAUAAGAAACAAAGUGAAAAGCAGUUUAAGACCAUCGCUUCCUCAAUACUAAAAGGUGCUCUGUGUAGCUGAUUGUCUCUUUACAUUUAACAUAAAUAUACUUAAACUGUACUUGUACCUGCUCACACUUUUUGUUUCUAGAGCUGCUGGUCUGUUUGUCAGUCCAACACUUUGACCAGAGGAAAUUAUGUAUAUCGCUGACAAAAUACAAAAAAAAUGAAUGACCAUAGCAUGCUAACCUGCUAAAUUUUGCAUUUUAAAAUACUAAAGGCUAGCUGAUAAACAUUAGCAGGUGAGCAUGCUAAUAUUAACAUGUGCAUGCUUUUUGAACACGAUAAGCAGAAUAAAAGCAAGUUAAAGUUCAAAUGAAGUUCAACAAUUAGUCUUCUCCCCAAAUGUGACCCAGUGACACACAAUGUAAAGUACAGUCUAGAUGCUGGAAGGGGAUUUUUGGUUUAUCACAGGUUGCAUUUAUGUUAGACUGACGUUCACUUCUUUUUAGUGACCAGGAGUGUGUUGAAUCAGCUGUUCAUCUACAGUCCUUCCUAAGUACUUAAGUAACUACUAAAACCAGUUGCAUACUAAGUCUGAGUGAGUGUAAGUACUAAAACCAGUUGCAUACUAAGUCUGAGUGAGUGUAAGUACUAAAACCAGUUGCAUACU